CAUCCCUAGAGAUGUCAUAUAGGUGAUUAGAAAGGCGAGCUCAGCAGGUGCAGAUCGCCAAGAUCACGUUCUUCCUCCGAAGAUGAUGUAUCGAGCAGCAGGAUUUGGCAACCGAAGCAGAGGUUUAAAACCAUGGAUGAUCGCCCUUCUCAUGUUAUUACUGACAGUCACAGCAGUGGCCAUCGGUCUUCUGGCUCAUUUCUUAGUCUCUGGCCAUAAAAUGGAGUAUUAUCAAGGCACUUUUAAAAUUUCAGAUCUACGAAUCAACAGUAAUUCUGGACAAAAUAGCACAUACCAACUUACGGACUUACGGGAGAUGAGCAAAAGCUUGGUGGAGGAGAUAUUUAUAGAUUCUGCCUUCAACAAGCAUUAUAUCAAGAACCAAGUAGUGAGACUGACUCCAGAGGAAGAUGGUGUGAAAGCAGAUGUCAUUAUGGUGUUCCAGUUCCCCUCUGCUGAGCAAAGGACAGUAAGAAAGAAGAAAAUCCACAGCAUCUUAAAUCAGAAGAUAAGGAACACAAGAGCCUUGUCAAUAAAUGCCUCAUCAGUUCAAGUUAAUGGUUGUGGUAAACGAGUUGCUCCAUUAAUAGUCAACAGAAUAAUGUCGGGAGAAAUUGCGGCCAAGGCUGCCUGGCCUUGGCAAGCUUCCCUUCAGUGUAAUAACGUCCAUCAGUGUGGGGCCACCUUGAUUAGUAAUACAUGGCUCAUCACUGCAGCACACUGCUUUAAGAAUAAUGCAAAUCCACGUGAAUGGACUGUUAGCUUUGGAACAACAAUCAACCCUCCAUUAAUGAAAAGAAAUAUCAAAAGAAUCAUUGUCCAUGAGAGGUACCAUUCCCCAGCAAGAGAGUGCGAUAUUGCUGUUGUGCAGUUCUCUCCCAGAGUCACCUUUACAGAUGAUGUCCGCCGGGUUUGUUUGCCAGAAGCCUCUGCGUCCUUCCAACCAAAUUCAACUGUCUAUAUCACAGGAUUUGGAGCACUUUUCUAUGGUGGGGAAUCCCAAAAUAAUCUUCGAGAAGCCAGACUGAAAAUCAUAAGUGAUGAUGUGUGCAAGCAACCACAUGUGUAUGGCAGUGAUAUAAAAUUUGGAAUGUUUUGUGCUGGAUAUCUGGAAGGAAUUUAUGAUGCUUGCAGGGGUGAUUCUGGGGGACCUUUAGUUGUAAAGGAUCCUACAGAUACCUGGUAUCUCAUUGGAAUUGUGAGCUGGGGAGAUAACUGUGGUCAAAAGAACAAACCUGGCGUCUACACAAAUGUGGCUUAUUACCGAAACUGGAUUGCUUCAAAAACAGGCCUCUGAUUCACUAUAAAAGUUAAACCUUGAGAGCUGUAUGCAGGCCAUACAUGUAUGAGAAUCCAACUACUCAGUAGAAUUAGUAUAAUGAAGUGAGAUUAAAUGACAUGAUUUAUUUUAGAGUUACUUUAAUCAACCAAUAACCCAUAGCCAAUUUAUAAGGGAUUUAAGUUUGUAACGCAGUGAGUCGGUUGAGCCAGGCUUGAAACAUACAGCAAAUCCUCAGCUCUUAAAAUCACGCAGACUGGAAUGUAAAAGAGGAGCAAUGCAAAUUUUUGAGGAUAAUCCAUGAGAUUUUUAGAAUGUCUUUGUGAGGAGCAUCCCCUUAAGUGAGAAACUUUUUAAACUCUUAAAGAGUUCAAGAAACACUUAUAUAAUUCCUAUAAUUUCUCCAGAGUUCACAAAUACUUUGUCUUUUUCCGUAUUCUUCCAGGUUUUCCAAAGAGACUUCCCACCAUAAGAAAUACAUUUUCUACUUAUAAACCCAUUGGAGAGAUCCUCGUAAAAAUUACAUUUAGGAAACAAAGUAUGGGAAUAAAUCAAGCCAGAGAUCUUCUAACCUUUUUCUGUUGUGAAAUCUCCAGAAUGUUUUGGUGAUUUUUUAACACACACAGAUAUCCCUACCCUCAGAUAUAACCAGAGAAAGCCUAAGUAAUGAAUGAGUACAUAUAGUAAUUAGCUAAUCAAAAUUCUAUUUUUGUUACAAAAAUUUGGGAGAAGGUGAUGGUAAUUUCAUGAGCAGUCCCAAAACAAUAGCACAAAAAUUUAAAAUUUUAUAGAUGUAUCUACAUGCUUGGGCCAAGAGGAGGCAGCUUUGUACAUUAUCAUUGUAAGGUUAAAUGUCUGGAAAGAAUUGAGAAUUUGCUAAUACAUUGAGGGAUCAACCAGCAUUGUCUUUCUAGAUAGAAAGAAAAGAUUUAUUCCUUUGCAUUGCUGCAGCCAAGUAUCUCAUAAGGUUUGUGGCAGUAGUCUGACCACUGCAACCAUGAAACACUGGUUUUAAAAUUUUUUUUUAAUAAAUAUAAGUUUUGAGGACCUACUACACAAAACACAUGAACAAUAUGAUCUGAAAGAGCAAACGUACCCCUAAGUAAAGUGUCUCAUGAAAACAUUAGAAGGGUAAAGCUCAUGUAUUCCAUGAUACAAUUACAUCAAGGCUUGGUGGAAACUUACUGUGCAUGACAAUGCUGGCUAAACAUCAGGUUUGUGGGCGAGGUGUCAUUUACUCAUGUAUUCCAAAUAUAAUUGAAACCAUCGGAAAAUUGAGUUACUUUAUAAUAAUUUCCUCCCAUGUGCUAUUGAUAAGUCAUGAAAAUAAUCCUAAAAUAAUCCAAAAGAGAUUUACAAUUUAUUCACCAAAAAAGUGAUCCAUAAUCUUAGACUCAUAGAAUUUUAAAGCUUAGGAAAAACUAUGCAAGUCACGCGGGCCAACAGACUUCUAGUUCAGAGACCUGAAGCCAGGAAAUGUAAACGACUUGGUCAAGCUGUAGGUAGUUUGUAUCCCCAGUGGGCCUAGAACCCAGGUACCAAUUUCACAUGCCCUUUUCCGUACAAGUAUCUUUAUGAUUGCCUAUAUUUAUAGAAUCAUCAGAUCUGUAAAAAUUUCAGCAAGUUCUAUUGAAUCUGUUUUAAAUUAGGAAACUCUUAAGACAAGAAUUUUAAGUGAUAUGAUUCACUUAGGCAGCUGGCUGCAAUUCUAUGAACUCCAAUAUAAAAUUGCUUCUUCAUAUACAAAAAUAAACAUAGGUAUAUAAAUUAUUCUAUAUUUUGGUGGUAGGAUAAAAUUCUGACUUCUAAUGUUAAGAUUCAAGAAAUGAUCUUAGAGUUAAACUUUGUAUUUCUAACCUGUUUGUGCAUUUUAUUCUGGGUCUCAUG